CUCCAAGGCGUCCCUUCAAGCUUCCUGCCUCACUCCACAGUUCACCAGACUUUUAAGGUCUUAAGCACAUCGCAUUAGUUUGCUCAGCAUCAGUACCGCGGUACUAGAAGUAAUUUGCCUUCAGCCGUCAUACUGCAUUACGCUUCUCUUCAUGUUUGAGACCGGACUGAGCGACUUUUGUUGAGCGAGGUUGAUUGCGAGGUGGUUUGGCUAGCUUUGCUGGAUGUGGAAGUGGCGGGGGCGAUGAGGGGGAGAAGUGAGUACGAGAAUUGAGAGGGGUUGUUGAAGGAGACGUGGAUUGAGGUGAGUGAGCAUUGAUGGAAUUUUUUAUGUUUCGUGUAAUUUGGUGCGGUGUGGCGGAUUGAGAGGUCGUUACGUUGUUGCGGAAAGAAGAGGGAGAUGUGAUAGUAACUGUAACGGUUGAUGGGGAGCAGUGGAGGUGGAUAGUGGCGGUUGUUGUGAGAGCGACGGAUGAAUUAGAGUGUGAGGCUGCAUUUAGGUUGAAGGUGUGUGGGAUUGUGGUUAAGGAGAGUCAGGUUAGAGGAAAUGGUGCAAGUGCACUUGGAAGCUUGUCUGCCGGAUAUCAGAGUGGCGCCUGUGAAAAUGAUAGGGGCAUCGCAAAAGUCGCCUUGCAAGAGUGCAAAUGCAGGGGUUAAUUAUGACCUGGGGUCUUCGCACAACAAUACCAAGAAUUUUCCCCGAUCGAGGAGCUUGCGAGACGCGGGAGGGGAGGAGGAUGUAUAUGAGGCUGAGUUCAGUGGCCCUACAGAGCGUGCUGCUUCUCGUGCUUCCUCGCGGUCCAAGAGUAGAAUUGCAAAGGACGCUCGAGCGGAAUUGCUUGGCCUCAAUGACGUGCUGUGCAAAGUGGUGCGUCGUAGAGAGUCACGCAGCCAAAGUGCCUCAAGAGUUAGAGAGGGUUUGGACAUCGAGAUUGAUCCGACAGAAAACGAGAAUGCGUUCAUUGAAGUUUCGAAGUCUGUUUCCUCCUCCCGCGUUGGGAAUCGAAGCUCAAAAUAUAAAAGCGACUUGGUUGCAAUGGGAGAGGCACUGCAGGAUUCAUGGGAGAGGGAGCCACGCAGCGCUCGCGCUUCUCGACUACUCAAAGUUAGUUCCGAUGCACCAGAGAAUGAUGGGAUAUUGUAUACAGCCCGGUCUGCCUCAAGGCUUUCUGCCGUAAUUCCUUCUAGCCGAUCUACAACUCCCCGCGCAAGCUCGAGAAGUUUGCGAGAUCAAGAGGGAUCGAGAGAUUCACCUGAUGAACCUGUCAGACAAGAGUUACGAAGCCCCAACUUGGUACGCCAAUCGUCUGUACACGAUUUGGAUCAUGAUGAUGACGGAACACUUGAGCACUGGAACAAAGUAUCGUACCGCACUCCCGCCAAGGGUCUGCGAUCAAGCAGAGAGAGUAGUGAUACGCCUGAGGAGAGGCUUCUCAGUGUAGAACGUCAUGCUGUGAAACAAGAAAGGAGUCCUAGGAAAACAAUAGAAAUCGCAGACAGGCAGAUGGAACUUACACUAUCCCACGCCGAGCGAGCUCCGGGAGGAAAUGUAACGAAGGUGGACUUGGAUUCACCUGAACAAUAUACAGAUUGUACAGGUCUUCAUAGAAGAACCAGGAUUGCUCGACCGUCCAAAAAGAAGGUGCGGGAUAUCCCUAAGGAUCCCGCUUCAUUUCUCCCAGUCAGCCAACCUCCAGAAUGUCUGAUGACAGUGGUGCAUCCCGUUGAUUAUGCAGACCCCCCUCUUCUGCCAUCAUCUCCAUCCACCUCGUCAAAAUCCUCAAGAGAGACUGGUAUCUCACGAAGUGUCGCCUGGCUCCGUAUAUUAGGGGAUCUGAUCAUGUGGAAGGACGUUCCAAGGUCGGCUCUCUGGUUUGGUGCAGGAAGCUUUAGCAUCCUCUCUGCUUCAUUCAUGAAGGAAAUGCAGUUGGGGAUUGUUUCUAUAUCUGCCAACUUAGCACUGUGCUAUUUAGCAAUAGUCUUCUUCUACCGAACAUUCCUCAGCGGGUCAUCUGCUCAGUCACGUUCUGGACAACUUAAGUCAAGUGGAGUCACUGAAGCCGACUUCCUAGGUUUGAUUCGGUUUGUCCUACCAACUAUCAAUCUGACGUUGACGAAGUCUGGGGAGGUUUUCUCUGGUGACCCUGCCAUCACUUUAAGGGUAGCAUUAGUGCUCUGGAUGGUUGCAAAAAUGGGAGCGGGUGUCUCAGUAUGGAGCUUCUUACGUUUCGGCUUCUUUGCGCUUUUUACAAUUCCGAAAUGCCAGUCCUGCUACUCAACCCAACUAUAUGCAUUUGUUCAAUCUCUUCUUCUACGUGGAUGGAUGACAUGGGACUCAUUCACUCACAAGAAAGCGAUUUUAAUAGGCGGUUUUAUAUUCGCUUGGAACAUAUCCUCAUACUCAUCUCGCCUAUGGGGUGGCUUUAUUCUCGUAGUUUGGUUUAAGUUAUAUCAGCAGUCAAAUCCAGCAAGAUUUGAGAAGGCUCUAGCUGAUAUGGGUGGUAGUAGUGCCAUUGACCAUAUAGACCGCAAGAAGAGCUUACAGCAUGCCAUGAUGGUAUUCCAGGCUUCUCAAGCUGUGGCCGUAUCGGAAGAGAUUUCUUCGACUCAAAGCCACCCAGUCCAAGAAUUUCCAGGUAAUACGAAAGGCUUAAGUGAAGAUAAAAAAGUGGAUAGUGCUGCGUUCAAAGCUUAAGGAGUUAUCAAUCGUGCAAUUCUUCUGUGACGUCAGACGAGCAAAUACAUUCUCAAAGGAUCACUACUGGAGGCUAUUACAUUGUUAGGUCGAGCCUUGGUCUCAAAAACAGACAUCAAUCGAACUAUCUCUGAUUUCACUAUGUUAGAAAUAGGUUUACCUGGUUCAAAUCUGGCACAAUUUAGCCCCUCUUUCGAUACUGUGGACUCGAUCAAACUGUACAUAACCCCCAUCUCUGCAAGAUCUUUAAUUUACAUUUCCCCUGAUAUGGAUCUCAUUCAGGCUGCUGCUAGUUGACAGAUGAAGCUUAAAUCCAGGAUAAGCUUAUCAAAAUAUAUCAAGCUGAAGUCAUUGUUCAUCUCCUAACCGCAAUUGAAGAAUUUUUCUAAACAA